UCUAUGCCAACUUCCCCGUCUUUCUCUUAACCUUCAUAACUACUUUGAAAUCUCAGAGCCUGAGUGUCUAUCUACUAUCUUUCCCUGGAGUAAAGAUGCGGCUAUCUUUUAUCUGGACACUGGUUGCUCUUGGUUGGGCCUCAGCGGCCGCGCCGGACCUAAAACCUUCUACUUCCUGGAGAAAGCCCAAUAUAACAACCUCCAGGGAUGAACGUAUCAGUAUUGCCAGCGCUGCUCUUGAAAAAGCGCUUAGCAACCUUCAGCCGAACGGAAUGUUUAGUGAUUCUGCAUAUGGAACCCCUGGCAUGCUUUAUGCGCACAUGGCCGAGUUCGAUAGACUGACGAACCAGACAAAGUACAAAGACACGCUGAAGCAGUACUUUUCAUUGGUAGAGUCAGCGAAUUCUGGCUUUUUGAACGAGUUGUCAAUGAACUAUGGACUGAUCUACGGAUAUGCUGCUGCCCGUGCAUAUGCUGCUUAUCAAGAUAGUGACUUUCUUGGCUUUGCUGUGACUUCGUGGACUUCUGGAAGACUAUACACCAUCAACGAUAGCCAAGCAGCAUCGGGAAUUAUGUAUGGAAAGGAGAUCCAGAUUUCAUCGUCCUGCCAAAAUGCUACUAUGGCAGGAGGUACCUUUUGGUGCACGGAUUCCAACCAACCAGAACUCGAUUGUCUAGGAACAGGCUCCUUUCUUGCCGUGUCAGCUCUAUUAGCAGAAGCAACCUACAAUCAGACAUAUAUUAAUGCUUCCAUAGAGUCGGCUAAUUUCAUACAGAACCAUCUUCUCAAUCCAUCUAAUAUUGUACUCGACUCUAUCUCCUCACAAUCAAAUGAAUCUUGCGCCGUAGAUUCCAGCAUUUAUCCCUACAAUUCUGGUAUCUUCAUUGAAGGACUUGCAAUCCUUGCUGACAUCGCUCAAGGCUCAUCGGCCGAAGCCCUACUGCCCAGCACUAUCAUUGCUACUGUGUCUGAAAGCGGAGUAUGGCAGGGAACAGAUGGGGUCAUUGCUAUUAAUGGCACUGGAGGAUACUUCAUUGUACGUGCCCUGACAGAGGUGUAUGAGCGUAACACAAUAUCGUCCGAUCUUCGGGAAUAUGUUAAGGAAUACCUUGGUGUUCAGUAUAAUGCAGUCGUCGAUCUGGCUCAGUCUGCAAAUGGGAGCAAUGUUUAUGGAAUGCCUUGGACAGGACCACAAAGCGUCCCCACAUUCAACAGUGAUGCUCAGACGACAGCUUUGACUGCGUUGAUCAGUUCAUUACUGUUUACAGAUGAUCAGCCACUGUCAAAUCCGAGCACUAACACUACUACUACAAGUGGAAGUGGAAGUGCAUCGGCGUCAUCAACAAAGAAGUACCUGGCCGGAGUUAUAGCCGGCGGUGUCAUCGGCGGAAUAGCUCUUCUUUCUACAUUAAUAGUGGUCGCCCUUUUCUUGUAUAAGCGGCAUCGAAAGAAGAACCAUGGCGCCCCUUUGUUUGGAGAUGACAGUCCUCCACCAACGCUAUCGCCAUUCACGGUUUCGCAGAAUAUGUCAUCUUCAUGGAUAUUAGGACAGCAGAAGCAGAGAAGCCAAGGGGAAUAUAUUCGACAUCCUGGGGUCACAAAUAGAGGAGAACCUUCGUUGUCGGGUGUGGCAACGAAUGGUGAGGUGGGGAGAAGAGUGGAUGUACAGAGUCUACAGGCCGAGUCGGCAGCAUCACUGGAUAGAGGAGCUACUUCAGGCUCGCCAAAUGCGCUAUUAGGUGAAGGAAGAAAUGAACGACCGAUAUCUCUGGGCCAACUGGAUGCAGAGGAACCGCCGCCAGAGUAUCAGGAAGAAAAUGCUAUGUGAACCAGGGUCUUAUGAUUGUUCGAGUAUCUAACUCUGUAUCAUCUAUUACUUCAC